AGGGUACAUUGGUCAAAGUUGCUGGAAGCUGCGCGUACCGGUUUCCGGUUUAGCUUGUGAAAACCGGUUCACAUUCUUGCAGCGCUACCGGUUAAUACAAAACCAGGACAGGAAAUAAAGUUUAAAAUUGAGGCGAUCACAACGUCGAAGGUUGGCUCUGUUCAUAAGCUUCCAUUUCAAAGAUUCCAGUUUCUCCAAAACGGGUGGAGAGAGAGAGAGAGAGAGAGAGAGACAAAUCCGAUCUUUCCUCUUGCGAAGGUUGCAUUCUGAAUUAGGGUUUCUGCUGGAUACCUCUCUCUCUCUCUCUCUCUGCUUCUCUAGAAAGGUUUGUUGUUGUUGUUCGCUCGUUGUCCUCCGAUCGUUCUCGUGUGAAUUUGUCAUUCGGAUUUUGAUCGCUGCCAUGUGAUUGUCAUCUGGUAUCCAACUGAUUCCUCGUGAAAAGAUUUAUCGCGAGGCUGAUGUAUCAAAUUGUGUGCUGAUAGACACAGGGAUCUCACAUGACAUGGCUGGCUCUAACGGGAAAAAUGAGCCAGAAUGGAUCCGAAGAGUGAAGUCAGAGGGAGCUGUUCCUUUCCUUGAUCAAGACAACUGCCAAAAUGGUUGGGCAACACCAUCACCGGACAAGUUCUUGGUUAGAGGACCGCACUAUCUGUCUGACCGGGUUAAAAUCCCUGCAGGAGAUUUCCUUCUAGCUCCUCUAGGGUUUGAUUGGAUUAAAGGUUCGGCCAAGCUUGCUGAGGUCCUAAAUGACCCAACCAGCCGAGUCAAGAAUAUUAUCGACGAGGAGUUUCCAAACAGCGAAACUAAGCCUUUUGUUUGGGCUGUCAAUCUUCAGCUUCCGCACAAAGACAAUUACAGUGCUGUAGCAUACUUUGCUACCACCGAGCCUAUCCUUGAAGGGUCAUUGAUGGAUAGGUUUCUGAAAGGAGAUGAAGCUUUUAAAAAGUUGCGGCUAAAGAUGAUAGCCAACAUUGUCAAAGGCCCUUGGAUCGUGAGGAAGGCUGUCGGGGAGCAAGCUAUUUGUGUGAUAGGGCGUGCCCUCUCGUGCAAAUACGUCUCCGGAGAAAACUUCUUGGAGAUUGAUGUGGAUAUCGGUUCUUCAAUGGUGGCUAGUGCCAUUGUUCAUCUCGCUUUCGGCUAUGUAACAUCACUGACUGUCGACCUAGCCUUCCUUAUCGAAGGCCAGACCGAAGCAGAGCUUCCUGAACGACUCUUAGGAGCUGUGAGAUUCUCUGAGCUGCAGCCCGACUUGGCCAUGCCGACGGAUGUAUUCUCGGUGGCCAGCUCCGUCACUAGCUCGAGCUGGUGGAAGUCGAUCGGGCAUGGAUUUUCUAACCUACUUCAUCAGGACACAGCCAAUAUGAACAGAAACGAAGAUGAAAAAGAUGUACAGAAACAGUAAGUAUUCAAAAGCCCUCACACACAUUUCCUCCCUUGAUUCUUGAAUUUCUUGGCCACAGAAAAAAAAAGGUCUAAAUCUUUGUUCAGCCCUUCAUUUGUUGUUCUUGGGGAGGGGAACUUCACUCCAAAGCUCCCCACUGAUUCUUAUAUUGUGAAUUUACACCCACAUUUGACAUAUUAGAUUCAUAAAAUGCCAUCUUUUUACAGCUUA